AUGGCCGCCGAGCCGGAGCCUGGCGAGCCCAGAAGGGGGAAGCCUUUUAAGCUCCUUGGAGUUUUGGAUGUUGAAAACAUUCCCUGUGCACGGGAUUCAGUAUUAUAUGGUUCAUUAGGAUCUGUCGUGGCUGGCCUUGGACAUUUCUUAUUGACUAGCAGAAUUAGAAGAUCAUGUGAUGUUGGAGUAGGAGGGUUUAUUUUGGUGACUUUAGGAUGCUGGUUCCAUUGUAGGUAUAAUUAUGCAAAGCUAAGAAUCCAGGAAAGAAUUGCCAGAGAAGGAAUUAAAAAUAAGAUUUUAUAUGAAAGCACCCACCUUGAUCCUGAAAGAAAACAAACUAACGGCAACAGCAGCAGCAAUUGA